CCGCUUUUCUCUUCCUCGUCUUCUUCUCCGGCGAGCUCGACGGGCCGCGCCGCCGCAUCGGCCGCAGUCGACGGGAUGGACGGGCAGGGGGCGUGGAGGGGUGGGGCUUCUGCUUCCUCCAGGAUAUCGUACAAGAACGCCACCGUCGCGGUGUGCGCAAUCAACCUCCUCGCGUGCGCUCUCCUCUUCCGCAACUACUACUCGUCCUGGCCGCGCAUCGCCGGCGACCACCAGUUCGAUUCUGCUCAGCUACGGUUUAUAUGGGAGUCGGAAGAGUUACGUCGUGCUAUGGAGCCUGUGGAUUUGAUCAGGAGAGUGAAGGAAAUCGAACAAGAAGCUUAUGGUGAGCAUGGCAUGAUGACACAAGAAGAUGCCAAGCAGACAGCUGCUGUUGAUGCAUCAAAAAGGUUGCAAGAUUUAAGGGCAGGGAAUGAUGGUAGCAGCCAAAAAGCUCUUGAGGAAUGGCGCAAACGGAAGAUGGAGCGUGCGAGGCAGCGGGCGAUUGAAAAGAACGGGACCUCAUCAGCUGCGAAAACGCGAUGAAUUGGGAGGUAGCUAUUGCUGCACAUCACCUUUGGGGGUGUCCUGGAGCUGCUGCUGUACGUGGGGUGGUCUCCUGGUGUCUGUAAAAUUUCUUGUACAUCGUGUUGUUGUUGUUGUCUAGAUCCAUUUUUUAUUCUUCUGUUUCUCUAGUAAAAGACCAACUGGGUAGAAAAAAAAAUUAAAGCUCAUCUUUUUCGACCACUCUUUCUUGUUUUCGUGCUUACUAUUGUGACUUGUGAUAUCUGUCCGUUGAACCAUUUGCGGUAAAGAAUUGCACUCCCAUUGUUUA